ACAUUUUGUUAGAACGAACAAAUAAACUUUUUUUUAAACAAAUUUAUAAAAACUGGUAUUCAGGACUGUGUGGCAUCCCAAAAAAAGGAAGUGUCAUCCCCCAAAAUAACGGUAGCUCUGGUGGUCCACCCCUAUGCGAUACACGUCCGUUACGACUUGCACAUCGCUAAGACGAAAGGUGAUGUUUAAAAAAAUCAAUAUGAAGGCCACAACGUGCGGGAGUUCGUGAAAGUUUAGCAAGCGUUAUUAGUCAAUGAUGUCGGGGCGUUGUGCACUCGAAAUACACUCGAAAGCCACUAAUUCGCCAGGACUGCCGCCGCCGCAGUGACCAGAUGGCCAACUGAACGGAAGGAGUGCGCGCAAACCAGUGAAAAGCGAGCCAAAAGCACCAACCAAUCUCAGUCCCCCCCAGUGAUGGCCUCCUCCUCAUCCUCUGCGCGUGUGACCAACAACAAAGCUGCCGCUGCCCCUGCCUCUGCCGUUGCCUCUGCCGCCACCACCGCUCCCCCUCCGCCUGCUCCACCCGCUGCCUCCUCAUCCGCUUCCACUUCCGUUUCCGCCUCCUCGGCUGCUAAUCCACCUGCUAACGCUUCUGCUCCGCCAGCGGUGACAUUAAGUGACCUGAUUGGCCAGCAGCUGAAGCAGCUGAAUCCCGACGAGCUGCUCUACAAGGAUGAGCUGCAGCUGGUGCUCCACCUGACGCCCGUGCAGCGCCAGAAAUUGAGUCGCGACCUGGAGGAUGUCGUCGGCGACGUGGGUGCCAGCACCUCGGCGGUGGCGGCGGCACCGCUUUCCCGCCCCGAAAACGCCGACGAGGAUGACGACCUGAUUGGAGCGGUGGGCGGACUGGGUAUUUCAUCCCCGACCGCAACCAAAGAGCCGCUGCUGGAUUUUAGGCCACACGUACUCAAAUGGUUUCAACAUCUGCGCCAUCAAACGGGCCACUUCAAGUCGGAGGAGGAGUCCCGUCGUCUGCGGGAGGCUGGCAACGACUCGUACCGCAAGGAGCGGCAUCCGCUCAAGGCCAGCGACCUCUUCACGGAGGCCAUCUUCCUGGCUCCGGCCCGGAACACACUGGCCGCCGCCCUGGCCCACGCCAACCGCUCCCUGGUCCUCUUCGACUGCGGUCUUUAUGCGGAAUCCUACGAUGACUGCCUGUGCGCUUUGGAUCUGGGCUAUCCGGAGGAGUAUUUGCCAUUGAUUAAGCUGCGCCAAGCCGCCUGUGCCUUAAAACUGCGCAACUUUGCGCUCUGCGAGGAGCAUCUCCACGAGCUCCUGCACAUCGAACUGAACCAGGUGUUCGAGGCGAGGACCCACGAGCUCUGGCACCAGUGCGAGGUGCUCAAGGUGGAGCGCUUCGAGAUGGCCGUUCAGACGGGCGAUGAUCUGGAUACCAACGAUUCAAGAGCGUUUGAAAUAGCCUGGUUGGACAACUCCUCGUCGCUGCACACCACCCGGUCGGUGGCCAGGAACGCACUGAUCUUCGAGUCCGAGGCGGUGGCCAUGGUGCCGAGUGGCAAUUGCCGGGUGUGCGACUACUGCGGCAUCACCCAGUUCAUCCCGUUCCCCUGCAUUUACUGCUCCAACCGGCUGGUGGUCUACUGUUCCCGCUCGUGCCGCUUCAAGCAUGCGGCCAUCCAUGCGGUGGAGUGCUUUGGCCACCAGAUCGAGCUGUUCGAGUCCUUCGGCGAGGUCUUCGGCAUGCCGCGUCUCCUGCAGCUGGCCCUGCGAAUGCUGAUCACUGGGCUGCCGGAGCUGCUGGGCCAUUGCCGCAAGAAGCCGACGCUGAGCAAGCUCUGGUCGGCCAUCAAUGGGGGGCUGCAGGAGCGGCAGGAUAUCGCCUAUAGUGCUGUGCUGCGACUGGAGCGCCUGAGGGAGGAGCAGCGGCCGACGGACACGGUGAUCGCUUUGGCCCUGGCCGCCCACAUCCUGGCCAUUUACCUGAGCAAGUGCACCACGUUCUUCGAGCAGCUGGAGCGGAGCUUGCCCACGGCCUCCCGGAUGUCGAGUGCCGAGUGGGAGCUGCUGUGCGCCGCGUUGCUGAUGCGGCACAUGGGCCAAUUGCGCCACCGAUCGCUUACCGCCUGCCGAUCCUUCGUCCUGCCGGCAGAUCCACAUGUCUUCUCGCCACUCAACGAGUUCCAGCUGUGGGCCGCACCCAUGCGCCUGCAGGAGGGACACCUGCAUCUGCUGGCCGGCGAAGUGGCCGUCGUCUCGUACGCCGUCUUUCCCGAGACCCUGAGUCUGUGCCGCCACAGUUGUUCAUCCACGAUCUGCGCCAAGUUCUCCGGCCGCAAGGUGACCGCCCUGGCCCUUCUCGACCUGCCGGCGGGAUCGGGCAUCUACAACUGCUUCGCCGGCGGCAACUUCCAGCAGAUGCCGCGCGAGGAGCGCUGCCAGCAGCUUCAGGAGCGCGGCAUCAGGUGCCACUGCAAUGCCUGCCAGCUCUCGCACGCGGAUGAUCAGUUCUACAAGUUUCAUCGCUACCGUUGUGAUAACCCAAAGUGCAUGGAAAUCUUCACACCCAACGCCCUGCCGCAUGCCCCGAAUCUGCGUUGGUGGCUCUCCGAGGAGUACACCCAGCCGGAGUGCAAUGGCGCCGAGCUGAUCCUGUGCCCCCACUGCGGCGAGGCCCAGAAACUGGAGUGGUUCUGGGCCUUCACCACGUCCCUCAUCGACUGCGAAUUGAUCGAGGAGCGCUGCAAACUGUAUGCGGCCAUCGAGCGAGCCGAGAACCAACUGAUGGAUCUGCACGAGUGCAAGGUGGCUCUGGCCAGGCUCCUCCUGGAGCAGUGCCUCAUGGUGCACCGUGCUCACUGUUCUCUCUUGGUUGCGCAUCUCUCUUCUUUUCUACCCAACAUUUCAUUUAAUUCAUCCUUAUUAUCCGAAAUAUAUCUAAAACAGGCGGAUUUCUAUGAUUUCUGUAAUUAUACUGGAGCUUUGCAUUUAGAAUUAAAUUCAACUUGGAGUUACUUGCAAUUUAAGCAGCUUUAAAUUAUUCUUUUUAACAGAACUCUUCUGGUUUCUAACAAAUGUAAGACUUUCUUAACAAAACUUUAAUUCUUUGCAAAUAUUAAAAAGCAAUUUUUAACACAGUUUUGUUUAAAUUUUGAUUAAGGUCUAAUAUAAUUUAUAGAACAACUGGUUUGAAAAUUAUCUGAAAAAUAAAUUGACUUGAAAUUAAAAAAUGUUUAUUUACAAUUUUUAAGUAUUUUUAAUUCCAUUAAAAUGGAAUUUGCAAUCUAGAGUAAGUGGUUGUUGAAAGUCAUUACUGUUGUAACCUAAAUUUUACUAAAUUUAAUGUCAAUUCAGAUUGGAGAUCAUCGGGAGAAGGC